AAGCGGUGUGUGCGCUUAGUUGAGGUGGGGGUGGGGAGAGAGAGUGUGUGUCGUCUUGAAGUGUGUCGUGCAUGCAUUUUGUGCAGCUGUUCCUUUUUUGCAUGCACUCUCUCUCCUCCUCCUCGCUUCUCCCUCGAUCCGACCUCACCACCACCACCACCAACAACAACAACACCGACGACACGCUUUCUGUGCCCCCGCCCUCCCGCCGUCCGUUACCUCGAUCGAGAGCAGUUUUUUUUGCUUCGGUCGUCCCUCCCGCCGCCUGCUGCUCCCCACUGCGACUCCCAGUCGAUCGGCUCCCUCCCCCUCCCCCUUCGCCUUCCAAGUUCCCCCUCUUCUCUCCUGUUGUGGGAAACGACUUGCACUGUUAGAUCAUAUGCCCCCGCUCCUCCCUUUUCUUAUUUGUCUCGAUUCCCCUGCUGCUGAUCUGCAUGCUGAUUCCCUCCUCCUCGCUCUGCUCCCCUGAUCCCGACCCCAACUCCUCCGCCUCCGCCGCCGCCGUGUCGUUGCUGCCGCGUCGUUCGCCGUGCAUGCAUGUCUCGUGCUUGUUUCUCGGCCCCUGAAUCCGCGAUCGAUCCAAAGAAGAGGUUUUUCGGGGGUUUUGGGGCUUGAUUGCUCGUGAUUUUGAUCGAUUGUGGGUGGGGAGAGUCCGAUGGGGUCCUCGAUUUGCAUGAACGAAUCGUGCGGGACUCCCUGUCCCGAGUGGACCACGGGCUGGCCUCUCCGAUCUGGCGGCCUCGCUCGUCUCUGCCUCCAGUGCGGGUCUGCCUAUGAGAAGUCCUCGUACUGCGAUUGUUUUCACCAGGAGGAAUCUGGCUGGAGGGAUUGCAGAUUUUGCGGCAAGCGCCUCCACUGUGGAUGCAUUGCCUCGCGUUCUUUGGUUGAGUUCGUGGACUGUGGAGGUGUCAUGUGCAUUAGUUGUUCAAAGAACCGAACUCAUCCAAAAGUGUCACAUAUAGCAUCUGUAAAUAGUGCAUCUGUACUGCGAUGUGAAUCCAGGAAGAGAAAGGAGAAGCUGAUGCAGUUAUUCAUGUCCAAUGAACCCAAAAUUUUGCCUCAAGCUCCUAGAGAUGAUAUCCGUGCUUCUUAUGGGGAAGUACAACAAGAGACAAGACAUUUCAGUGGGGAAGCUGCUAUUGGUUUUUCACAUGGGAUGACUGACCCCACAGUCGGAUCACGUAAAUUGACGAAAUUGGAGGACAGCAGAUUCUUGCUGAAAUUGAAGGAUACGCACAGAUCUCUUCCACAUCCAUCUCUGAAUAUCAGUUUGGGAUCCCCAGGUGUAAGUUCACAUAUUGCACCACCUUUCUCUGGUAGGGUUGGGGAAGGAAGUCAGACUGUGGGGCCUCCUUCCCUCCUGCAAGGGAGGUCUCGUCCAAUCUUGCCAAAACUUCCUAAAAGUGCCAUAGCAGGUCCGGAGACAAUUAAAAUUCCUCAUGUGCGUGUUGCAAGGCCACCCGCUGAGGGGCGGGGAAAGAAUCAAUUACUCCCUCGAUACUGGCCGAAAAUCACUGACCAGGAGCUGCAGCAAUUGUCUGGAGAUUUGAACUCUACCAUCGUACCCCUUUUUGAGAAGGUUCUUAGCGCGAGUGAUGCUGGUCGAAUUGGUCGUCUGGUCUUGCCAAAAGCUUGUGCUGAAGCAUACUUUCCUGCUAUAGCUCAAUCAGAAGGUAUUCCAGUGCCAAUUCGAGAUGUAAAGGGGAAUGAAUGGACUUUUCAGUUUAGAUUUUGGCCCAAUAAUAAUAGCAGAAUGUAUGUUUUGGAGGGUGUUACGCCUUGCAUACAAUCUAUGCAGCUCAGAGCUGGUGAUACAGUAAUAUUUAGUAAGAUCGAUCCCGGAGGCAAGCUCAUUAUGGGUUUUCGCAAGGCAUCAAACUCUAAUGAUCCGCAGGACAACCAAGUACCUAUAGUCCCUAAUGGGGAUUUAUCCAGGGAAGGUUCCUUCCAGCCCUUCAUGGGGACUCUACCCAUAGUUGAAGAUUACACUAAUCUUUUCCGGACUGCAAGUGGAAUCAAGGAUCCUCGCUCGAAUCCUUCGUCUGAGCUUCUCAGUAAUAAUGAUGGUGACACCCGUUGCAACAAGAUGGAGGACGAUGUGGGCAGGACUUGUGAAGAUCCGGCCCAACAAGCAUCGCCGAUUCCCGAAAAGAAAAGGACUCGCAACAUAGGGUCUAAAAGCAGGAGAAUGCUAAUACAUAAUGAAGAUGUUCUGGAGCUUAGACUUACAUGGGAAGAGGCUCAAGAUUUGCUACGACCCCCACCAUGCGUAAAACCAAGCAUUGUUACUGUUGAGGGACACAUUUUUGAAGAAUAUGAUGAACCCCCAGUAUUUGGAAAGAGGACUAUAUUUGUAAGCCAGCUUUCUGGGGGAACCGAACAGUGGGCUCAGUGUGAUGACUGCUCCAAAUGGCGAAAGUUGCCUAUGGAUGCUCAUCUUCCUCCAGGAUGGAUAUGUUCAGACAAUAUCUGGGACUCUGAAAGGAGAAAUUGUUCAGCACCAGAUGAGUUGAGCCCAGAGGAGCUGGAGAGUCUUCUCAGAGUGAACAAAGAUGUUAAAAGACAAAGGGUUGAUGAGGACCAUAGGAACGAGACGGAUGGUGAAACUUCUGGCUUGGAUGCUUUAGCUAGUGCUGCUGUUCUUGGUGAAAGCAUGGACGACCCAGGUGAGCCAUCGAGUGGGGUCACCACAAAACACCCUCGUCACCGUCCAGGUUGCACGUGCAUCGUGUGCAUCCAACCCCCCAGUGGAAAGGGUAAGCACAAGCCCACAUGUACCUGCAAUGUUUGCAUGAUGGUGAAGCGCCGCUUCAAAACUCUGAUGUCACGGAAAAAGAAACGCCAAUCAGAUCAGGAUUCGGAAACUAUACAGAAGGACCUGAUUCAUUAUGGUCAUGAAUUAGGAACUGAUGGAACUUUAGUGAAUGCUUCAUCGGAGAUAAAUCAUGAAGAGAAUGUAAUCAGUCAGAAUAAAAAAACAGAGGUAGCAGAUAACAGCAAUGGCCAUAUUGACCUGAACUGCCACCCCGACCAUGAGCAUGUGCAGCUUGAGGGAGAAAGACGCAGCAUCAUGGGGUUUACUCAGGAAACUAAGAAUCUUUCAGGGAAUGAUUCAACCCACGAUGUGAUUUCCACCUUGCAAUGCGAGCGUCUAGCCAGCACAAGCUCCGGUUUGUUUGGACAGACCGUUGAAGAGAAGGGGAAACGACUGUCUAAUGGAGAGUGCCUUCAGUCCAUUUUACAUGAAACUAAUGAUGCAGGCGAAGAAGGGGUAGGCCGGGGCUCUUAAAGUCUCUGCUGAAACAUCUUUUGGUUGACGUUGGACUUUUCGAGUUUGCAUUUGUCUCCUCAUUUUUAUAAAAUUCGAUAAAUUGCAUAGUGUUCCUUAAGGGGGACGGUGAGUGUUGAUCUGGAACGAGUUCGCUAGACAAUUUUGCAUGUCAUUCCGUGUUUGGUAUAGAUUUUUAGGCUUGGGAAGGAAUAAUAAGUUUCUGUGUUUGAGAUGCGAUAUAGAGUUUUGCGCAUCGGCUUAUUUGAGAAGCAUUUCUCCUCC